UUUAUAGUCAUUGUAAACAAGUCCAACCUGCCAGACACUAACAUUUCCAAUACGUCACACUCAUGGUAACACAGUCUUGUUUGUCUUGAAGCAUUCUUACAAGUAAGAUUACCGGUAUGUUCAUUUCCAAACGAGGGGUGAUGAAAGUUAAUCAUCCAUAAUGGCCUUUUGGAAACUACUGAUUUAUUUCUUUGUGAAUCUGGCUUUAGCUUCCCCAGGUUCAGCACGGGUUCAGAAGUAUGUACUCAAGGGUCAGGAGAUCAAUGUGCUACCGUCCAUCAGUGGAAAACCAGAUUCAAUUGUCUGGGUACGUGUUCCUGGAGGCAUAGACGUGGUAUGGUUUAACACGGAAAUUGGGAAGGAAGUGAACCCUGCAUACAGGAAUAGGGUAACGCUGGACGAAAACUCUGCAGAACUCAAAAUCAAAAACGCCACAUAUGAAGACAGCGGGGAUUAUGACUUAAAGUUGAGAAUAAACGAAGAGGAUCUUCGUUUUGAGUACACAAUUGUGAUUAUGGACAAAGUAGCCAAACCCAGCAUAUCCUGUGUGAUGACCGACGCAAACAAUGCAACUCUUGUGUGCUCAGCCAGCUCCAAACAUCCUCAUCUAUUAGUGUUUAACUGGAGUUCAGGUGGAAAUGAGUAUGAGCAUUCUGGACCAAAUCUGACAAUAAACCUGAGUCAAUUUGAUGAUCGAGUUUAUUAUUGUAAUGUGAGCAACCCUCUGAGCAAUGCAACAGCUACGUUCAGUGCCAAAGAAUGCUAUCUAGGUUACGCUUCAGAUGGUCAAAAAAACAUCGACGCCGAUAAAUCGUCAGUUCCACUAAUUGUUGGCCUCAUCGCUCCCAUUGCGGUCAUCAUCAUCUCUUUAAUAUACAAGUUCCGAAAAAAACUUAAAGCACAUUUUCAAAAUCAGAAAGCAGAAAUGAUUUGUAGUGGACCAAGUUCACCAGAAGAGGAAGAGUUAUUAGGAAGGAGAAUGAGUGACCUACUAAAGGUUCAGCGGUACAAUGUCAAGUAUCCCAAUGCUUUGUGGCUUCUGGAUUCUUGUGAUAAACUAAUGCCGUUUGGUAUUACAAUUCAUGGCUGUAUUGAUGGAGUGAGUCACCGCAUAUUGUGGCUGCAAGCAGUCAAUACUUAUGCUGAUCCCAUAGUCAUUGCGGACUACUUCAUAAAAGCGGUGACCCAAAUUGAAGGGGCUCCACAGCGACUUCGGGCCAACCCACGUAUGGAGAACAAAUACAUCAGAGAUAUGCAACAUUUUUUGCGAAGAAAUCAAAAAGAUCAGUAUGGAGGGGAACAAAGCUACAUUGAUAGCACAACCAAUGAACAGAGAGAGUCAUGGCUGCCAAUCCCAUGUGAACACAAUGUAAAUAAUUGGACAAAUGUUUUUCUAGCUCUAAGAGAAGAUGGAGAUUUCACAGAGAGUGACUUGGACAAAAAGCUCAUCCAGUUUUGUUUCCUCAAACCUAUCCAGGAUGAGUUGAAUGUGCUUUUAAGAGACUGGAAUUCACAGUUGAGGAGAGGGGCAACAAAACGAGGAAAACUCCGAUGUGUCACGCAAAAGGAUAUUGAAGAUUGCAAGAAGUUGUUUAUCCAAAAAGGGCACAAGCCCCCUAAUGAACCAGUACACCAGCAUUGCAGACGUCUAAUGACUGUAAAAGGCUGGAAUGAGCCAGUGGACGUUGACAAAGCUUUAGAGCUGUAUACAAAAUUUAAAAAUGAGAUGCCAGUAAAAACUUUCAGCUGAUCAGAAUACCAGAACUUGUCUCCUUCUUGAGCAGUAUGUUUGCGUGACAUUCUAGUAAUUUUUUAAACAUGCAAAUAAUUGUCAGAACAGAUGACAAGCAUCAAGCAUCUGGAAACGGUGACCAAAACUGAACAAGGUGUAAGCAAAUCCACAAGUCUUACGUAUUGUAGGAGACAGGUUCAGAAAUUAGGGUGGUGC